UUGAAAUGUGUUUGUGUUUUCAUUUUGUUGGGUAAUUAACAUUUUUAAGGAAUUAGGGAAUUUUCAACCGUUCAUCAUUACUAAUUGUUCCCUUCUAUAACUAAUCAAUUUGAAAAUGACAAUGGAUAUCCGACCGAAUCACACUAUUUAUAUAAACAACUUAAAUGAAAAAAUUAAAAAGGAUGAACUUAAAAAAUCACUAUAUGCAAUAUUCUCACAAUUUGGCCAAAUAUUGGAUAUAGUUGCAAUGAAAACACUGAAGAUGAGAGGUCAAGCUUUUGUUAUAUUCAAAGAAAUAUCCAGUGCCACUGUUGCAUUGAGGAGCAUGCAAGGAUUUCCUUUUUAUGACAAACCAAUGAGAAUUCAGUAUUCAAAAACAGAUAGUGAUGUUAUUGCAAAGGUUAAAGGCACAUUCCAAGAGCGACCAAAGCGUCCCAAAUUACCUAGAAGUACAGAAGAUGGUAAAAAGAAGAAAAACAAAGAUGCAAGUCGUGGGGUCAUACCUGGCUUUGGUCAACCAAAUAUGCUUAACAAUGUUAAUGCAGAACAACCUCCUAAUCAAAUCCUCUUCCUUACAAACUUACCUGAUGAAACAUCUGAAAUGAUGUUGUCUAUGCUUUUCAACCAAUUUCCUGGUUUCAAAGAAGUUCGUCUUGUACCGAACAGGCAUGAUAUUGCUUUUGUUGAGUUCUCUAAUGAAAUGCAAUCUGCAGCUGCCAAAGAAGCUCUACAAGGAUUCAAAAUAACACCAACACAUGCAAUGAAGAUAACAUUUGCAAAGAAAUAGUGUUUAGUUUAUAUUUUAAAUAAAAACUUUGAUAUAUUUGAGAACUGUUUUGAGCAUUGCACUACGCCUAAAC